CCGCAUAUGUGCUCGAUCUGUGACAGGAAGCUUCAUUCAGCUGUUGGGACGCAGCCGUUGGCGUAGCGGUGCUUGGAGUCAGGUGACGGAAAAACCCGAGCGGAGAGGAUCUUCAACAACUCUUGCAGAGAUCAUCACAGUUCCUGCUCCAGCCCUCCUCCCUCUCUUUCUCUUCAGUACUUCACUCAGGAUCGAAAGGAAACCAUAAGCCAUGUCGUACAGAAAGACAGACUCCUAUUCCCCACCACAGGACUUCAGCAGUGUCAUUCAGACAUGCAGUGCCAACAUCCAGAAGAUCACACAGAACACGGCGCAGAUCAAAAGUAUGGUGAACCAGCUUGGGACGAAACAGGACACUAGCGAACUGCAGGAUAAACUUCAGCAGUUGCAGCACUACACUAAUCAGCUGGCCAAAGAAACCAACAAACAUCUAAAAGAUCUUGGCUCCUUUCCUAUGCCUCAUUCACCUUCUGAACAGAGACAGCAGAAGAUCCAGAGAGAACGGUUGAUGAAUGAUUUCUCUGCAGCUCUGAACAACUUCCAGGCAGUACAGCGCCGUGCAGCAGAUAAAGAGAAGGAGUCCGUGGCCAGAGCAAGAGCUGGCUCUCGUCUUUCUUUUGAAGAUGGAGCUCAUGAUGAACAGCUUGUCUCGUUUGAUAAUAACGAUGAUUUUGGUCAGACGAUGGCACAGAAGGAAGAAGUAGCUAUAACAGAGGAGGAUUUGGAGCUUAUUAAAGAGAGAGAGACCAACAUUCGUCAACUUGAGUCAGACAUCUUGGAUGUAAAUCAGAUAUUUAAGGACCUUGCCGUAAUGAUCCAUGACCAAGGAGACAUGAUUGAUAGCAUCGAGGCAAAUGUGGAGAAUGCGGAAGUGCACGUAGAGAGAGGAGCUGAGCAGCUCCAGAGAGCAGCAUAUUAUCAGCAAAAGUCACGUAAGAAGAUGUGCAUCCUGGCCAUGGUGUGUUCUGUAGUGAUUGUUAUUCUAGGUGUCAUCAUCUGGGCAUCCACCAAAUGAGGAAAAGGUUCUAUACCCCCCAUUGACACUCCUCUUUCUCUUUCUCUCUAUCUCACACAUUUCUUUAUUUAAUUUAUUUGCUCACUUUCCACCACUCUUAAAAAAAAAAAAAACAAUGACUCACUUCCUGUGUGUUGGACAGUGUGCUGGACAGAUGGGUUGUGGAAGAGUGCUAAUAACACUGAUUUAAUUUUUGUUGUCUUUUUUUCCAUCUUCUUCUGUACGUAUUUCUGACAUUCCCAUCCAAACUCAAGUCAGCUUUUCGCUCUCUGAAUUUUCCUAUGAAAGUGUGAAGAGUGCUUUCAGACACAGUAAAAAGAUUGAAUUAAUUCUUCCAAUGUUUUGCUCUUUUUCUUGUUAUAUAUUUACUGCACUGACACUAACAAUGCUGUCAGUGAAGCCUCUUUUAAAAAGCUGUAAACCAUGCAGUUGCUUCUCAUUGUAAAGCUCUUUUAAGUUUUUAAUUGUAAGUGCUGUAAAAUGUGCACUUGUUUUCAAAGCUACACUCAAAAAAGAUGGAUGCAACUUUUCAGAUGAAACCCAUCUAUGAAAGCACCUCUGGUCAAAUUACAUGCAUUUUUUAUUUCCUAAGUGCAAAAUAAGUAAGUGAAUCCUCUACACAAUACAGACUUGUAAUGUUAAAAAUAUCUGCACAUUUCAGAACAAAAUUCAUUUGUGAACUAUGUGGAACUAAGUAUUGGGACACCUGCUCAUUUAUUAGGGUAAUUAAAAUAGUUUAACCAGCGUUUGCUGGAGUAACUGUCUCCACUGUCCAGGGAAGGCUAAAAUCAUCAGUGAGGUCAGGAUGUUGGAUAAACACUACCUUAACUUUCUGAGGAAACUUAUCCCAGAAGUAUUGGAUGGAGCACCAUCAUUCCAGACAAGACAGUUCUUCCAUUGCUCCACAGCUCAAAGCUGAGGGGCUUUACAUCCCUGUAGCCAAUGCCUGGCAAUAAGCCAGCAGAUACCUUAUUUUUCGCACUAUAAGGUGCACUUAAAAUGAUUAAAUUUUCCCCAAAAUCGUGAGCGCACCUUAUGUAUACAUUUUAGCAGUCAGGUUUUAAGAAGCAGUAAAGCCACUCCACUGAAGUACAGCUUUAUACAGAUGUGUUAUUUUGUUCUCCAGCACUGGGGCUAGAAUAACGCUAGCAUUAGCCGCUAACAGCUAUUUCCCUGUUCAAAUGGGAGUAUUAUCGACCUGUAGCCUGCUGCUAACCCCGGCUAGCACUUUUCGAGCAGCAUUAGCAUCACCCCUCUUCCACCAUUCAGAGGUGUGUAUAUCGGACUGUAGUCUGCGCAUUUUACUGUGUUAAAACAAGCUACAUUGGAUGAACCGCUAGCCUAAUAUCACCCUGGCUUACUGGAACACUUAGGGUUCCUCAGUGUAGCACUGUCGAGCGGCAUAAGCUGCUAACUGCAAGCGGUUAGCCGCUAAUGCUAAUGCUCCAGCUUUAGUGCUGAAAAAAAUUGGGUAUUUAAGCUUACUGAAAAUAAACAAAGGCACUUUACUCACCCAAAUAAACAGUUUUAAGGAGUGAAAUCUGUGUAGAUUUACAUCCAGCACUCGUUUGACUUUAAAAGAAAGUCUUUUUUAUAUAUAUAUAUAUAUAUAUAUAUAUAUAUAUAUAUAUAUAUAUAUAUAUAUAUAUAUAUAUAUAUAUAUAUAUAUACAGUUUUCUUUACUGAGCUUAGCUUAGUUACCUCCCCCAUCACCACCCAGCAGCGAUACCUGCUGAAUUAGAAGAUCCCUAUAGUGUCCUAUAGUUUUGAAAUGCGCCUUAUGUAUGAAAAUAGACCAAAAAAUAGACAAUUUAUUGAUAGUGCACCUUAUAGU